UCUUUUCGACCUGCGUGGAACUUUCGCCACUCGGAGUCACAGUUUUCAACCUCCAUAAUGUAUUUCUACACUAACAUUAAUGUUUAAACAGGCUCAUUUUCUUUCAUGGUUUAUAUCAUGGGAACUUAAGAUGUCAUGUCCUCUUUAAAAGGUCAAACUAUGUUUAGAGCACUUGGAAAGUGGACUUUGGUCUAUUUUAGGGGUUUGUUUCAUCUAUGGGGAAUAGCCGUCAGGUAGUAUAAUUUAAGCUAGUCAGAGACGUUAUUCCUCCUUUUUCUCAAAACCCUCAGUGAAAAAAAUCGACUACUGGUUAAAACUUCGCAUCACAAAUUUGCUGUAUAUUUUUCUCAACACCCUGUCUCCUUUUACGGUUCGCAAAGGUCUAGCUGAGGACCCCCAAAUAAUUUUUUUUGUCAUAAGAAAAUGGUUUUACGUUUUCGAUAAGAUGUGGCUGUAAACUCGACGCGUGGUUGUAACUUUCUGCAGGAAGGGAGAUAUAAUUUACCUAAACUGAACUGACAAACGAUAUCAACCUAUCUCUCACUAUUCUGGGGAUACUCUGGAGCUGCUUCAAGGGGUCCACUUUGGGAAGCACCAGAAAUGUGUGGCUGUAGAGUUGUUUGCUGCAAAAGACAACAAAAAAAAACCAACAGCCACAAAAAAAGUGUAGUGCAAAUCUAUUUGGGAACAUCAAACAAAAACCUAUAAACAGGUAACACAGCUAUAAGCUGCCUAACAUUUGCGUGGGGAAAUAAAACACACAUCGUGUGAGGAAUUUGAAGUGACUGAUGUACAAGUCUGCCAGAAUGAGGCAUUCAUGUGCAGUCAUAUAGAAUGGAAAAGUGACAUCCCUAAUCAGAUGCAAGCUUGUGAAUGCAAUGCUGCAAACACUUUAGUAAUAUCACCGCUGACGAAAAAUACCAGCCGAGAAGCCUGCUACAGAUGCUACUCGUUUUCCAGUGCCUCAGCUGGGCAACCACUCCUCUGAAGGACCCUUCACUCGCAGUGAGGAGGAGAGUGCCUUGAGCUCAGAGGGCCAAAGGUCUCCAGAGGUCGCGGUCCGAGCCUGUACGCCCAGCCUUCCCCCUCCAUCCACACCACCACCAGCACAAGUAAAGGAGAAAGCCCCAACACCCAAGCUGUUCACCCCAAGCAAGCUCAGUUUUACUUCUUCCCAGUCAGGAGGCAACAACAUGAACCUCUCGGACCUGCCUACCUUCAAGCCCGGUGCCUUCCCUCCCAGUGCCUUCAACUAUGAGCGACCGAGGCAUUUUAUUCAAUCGCAGCCGGCCUUCCAGGCACCCAGCUAUGAAAGUGUGCUGAGGGAGGCUCAGGAGAACCAGAAUAACUCCCAGCAGAACCUCAACAGUUCCCAGAAUAGUCCCAGUGUUCCAGAGACAGAGAGUCAAACUAAAACCCUGUCAUUUUCUCAAACUCAGCCAGUGUCAAAGUCCUUGUCACAGACCCAGUCACAGUUUCAGUCUCUAAACCUCAGUCAGAACCAAACCCAGUCUGUCCCCCAGACGCAGUUUCAGGCCCAGGCCAACGGAACGAGCAAGUCCUCUCCCUCCUCUUCCAGUCUCAGCUCUCCCAUAUCCAACCCGGCCUCCUCUGCUGUUGCCACCUUGCUCAGUCCCUCUGCCACCGCCACCGCCACCUCCUCCUCGCCUUUCUCAGCCUCCUCCUCAUCCCCUCUCCCCCGCACCACCAUGCGCUCCACUAUCACCCUAACCCCCAGUGUCCCCAGUGCCACCGGCCUCGGCAGUGCCACCCUGCCAGCCAACCAGGACACCAUAUCAGCACCCGCUGCUUACCUCUGCUCUGUGCUGCCCUCCCAGUCCUCCUUCUCCCCUUUCUCCUCAUCCAAACUGUCUCCCAACUCCAACCUUCCCCACCCCUCCAUCUCCCCCUCCUGCUCCCCACUGUCCCCCUCCAGCCCUCUGCUCCCCAUGAGGGCCUCUCCCUCUCCGUCCUCCCUCCCUCAGCAGCCUCCUCUAGUGUCCCCUUCCCUCCCUCGCUCCCCUCUCCCUCCCUCCUCCUCUUCCUCUCCCCAACAGCCCAACACUCUUAACAGUCAGAACAGAGUACCACCUGCUGUGGUCUCCCUUCCUGCCAGUUACAAGGGGACGCCUAACACCCUCCCAAAGCCCAUUCUGAAGAAGUCUGUUGCUCCUCGGCCUUCCUCUUCUCGUUCCACAGAUGAAGAAAUUCAGGGCUCCAAAGAUGCCCUCAUCCAGGAUCUGGAGAAGAAGUUGCGCUCAAAGGAGGCCAGGAGGAGAAAUAGCCAGAAACUCUCCUAUGAGGAGCGUAUGGCUCGUAGGCUGCUGGGUCCAGACAACGCCAACUACGUCUUUGACCAAGACAAUCUAUCAGACUCGCAGCUCGACCAGCCAGAUUCACCAGAAGGAAGACACACAGGUGGACUAUGGGGGAGGCACCACUCAGGGACAGACGAGAGGGGAAACGAGGGAUCAGCUAUCCAGGAGAAAUGUUAUGCUCCUCGCUUCCUGCAGAUCCCCCCAGACCUCACCGUGGAGGAGGGACGCUUCUGUAGGAUUGACUUCAAGGUUGGAGGACUCCCCACACCAGACAUCUGCUGGUACCUGGACGGCAAAGCCAUUCGUCCAGAUGACUACCAUAAGAUGUUGGUGUGUGAGAAAGGGAUGCACUCAUUCAUCAUAGAGAUUGUCACAGUGCACCACGCUGGUGUGUAUGAGUGUGUGGCCAGGAACCGAGCCGGGGAGAGCAGAUUUACCAUGAAGCUCGAUGUCAUAGCCCAGGAGGUUCUCCGUCCUCCCACCUUUGUCCAGAGAAUGUUAAACUCCAGAGCCCUAGAAGGCGACACUGUUAGGUUAGAGUGCAAAGUGGAGGCUUCCCCUCCUCCACAGCUUUUCUGGAAGAAAGAUAAAGACAUGCUACGCAUUGACCCCAACAGAAUGAGUCUGUACCAGGACGGCUCAGGCCGGCAGUGCUUGUUGAUCGAGAGAUUGAUGAAGUCCGAUGCCGGUUGGUACACUCUCUCUGCCAUUAAUGAAGCUGGAAUGUCCACGUGCAACGCCAGGCUGGAUGUAGGCACUCGCACGGCCCCGGCCAUGAAAACGGCGCCCCCUGGCUCGAAGACGCUGAAGCUGCUGUCGUCUCUGAGCCAUGUGCCUGCUCUGACCGUGGAGGGCCCCGCCCAGCACACCGCCCCACUGUACGAGAGUGAAGAGCUGUAGGCCGCCCUGUCACGUCCUCCUUUAAACGUCAUCUCAUAACUGUAAAACUGGGCCAGAGUCUGUAUGAACUGUCACGUCCGGGCAGAAAAACAGUUUUAAACAAGCUUUGGUUCAGAGUAUUACAUUCAUAGCAUCACAGCAGAUGUGUGCACAUCUCAGAGUACUUUGGAGGUCGGUCCGGAUCAGGUUGAAUAAGUAUAAUUAAACAAGUAACACUUUGGUUGAUGUACAAGGCAGAUAAGCUUAGCCACAUUUUCAAGACUAAGAUAUAUCUGUGAACAUGUGUAAAAAGACAGUUACUGAGAUGCAGUAUUAUAGGAUUCUUCUCUAUUAUUAGAAAAAGUUUAUCUUGGUCUCACUAACAAGCUCAAAACAAAUCUUCCUCCGUCUGUCAGAAGUUUAUUAAUAUUCUGAAUUGGCCUUUGAGAGAUUGUUUUAAAUGCUUUGAGGAAACCACCCGAACCUUCGAGAACACGUCGAGAGAAAAGUUUCCAAGGUUUAUGGUGGUCAAGUGCCUUCUGAGUGAAAGUAAUCCCUCCUCGUAUUGUCCAUCUGCUGCUGUUUGUUAGCCAUGUGCCCACCCCUCUUUCCCUGUCCCUCUCUUUGUUGUCAAGGCUCAUGUUUGAUACAUGCCUGUAAGCCUCUCUACUCUGCCCGCCUGUCUCUGUCUCUUCAUCUGCCCGUCCCGUCUGCUCUCAGCAAUACGGUCUAGGUCAUGGAUGUAUUAAUAGACCUGGGUACGACGCGGCGGAUUCAUCCCUGCUGCCGGUUUUGUCCCAGCCCCAACCACAGUACCGCAACACAGAAUCCCCUGUGGUCCAGACACUAUUUCGCCAAUAGAAAACUAAUGAGAGGGCAUCUCGAACGGCACACAUACAGUACCACUUGUAUUGGACUCUCAUGGCGUACGUGCUGGGUAAGAACCUUUCAUUUGAAUAACUGUGCAUUAUCUUGAAGCACAGUGUCAAGCUUUCUUCCAUAGCCUAGGUAAGAAACAAGGAAACAACCUAGAUUAACUACAGUCUCCACAAUCCAACACUGCCAACAUCUACCACUGCACUUUAAUAAUGACAGCUGUCUCUGUGUCUCAUCCAGCACCUGCCCUCCUUUCCUUUAGCUUGGAGUUGAAAAGGAUGUUUUUCUGUCUGAGCUUCAGAGUUGAAAUGUUUGUCUGUGAAUUACAGCUGCUGCUGAUGGGUGUGUCUACAUUAACUGGAAUGGACAAUCAAAUGUGUAACUCUUACGCUUCCCCUGUUGUUUCAAGAGAGAUCAGGUGAGGGUCACUGUUCAGAUUCUCUGUUGUGAUAUUAAUUCAGCCUAAUACGUGUUAUCAAAGUUGGUUUAUAAUAUACAGUGUAUGUGAAUGAAGCUAUUUAUUUCGAACUGAAGUUAUUAGUUAUCAGUGCUGGGAUUUUGAGUUGCUCCUCUCUAGGCCUGCAAAAGGCUGCAACCAGAGGUGUAUAAUAUCAGCAAGUUGGACAAAGAGCAACAGGCUGCCAUUCUGAUACCCAGCCUCUACGACUGAACACAACACCAGAUCUGCACUCAAAAGAAAAUUCAAACCUAACUUAUUAAGAAAAGUUUACAUCUUAGCACAUCUGCAGUGCAGAUAAGACGUUUUACACUUUACCCAAGAGGAGAAAACCAGAUUUUUUUUUCUCCCUCGAUGCAUGUUUGCAUCAUUAAUGUUCAGUUGAAAAAUGGACAUCAGUAUGUCAGCCUGUUUCCAGAUUUGCCAAACUUUCCAUUUCUGACUAGAGCCUUGUAUAAAAAGAUCUUUCAAAAAGAGGCUUGAUUUGCCUGCUUACCUUGGAACUGCUUGUUGUUAUCGCCAGCCAGGAGGUAAUUAUACAAAAACCUUGUAUUUUGGGCUGGAUCUGCAUGCACACCGAAAAGCUGGUAUUUAACCCUGUGCUGCCACAGUUCAGUGGCAGGAAUUUCUAUCAAGAUGGGCAUAAAAACCUGAGGUCUGAGUCACUGGAGAUGAAAACUGCUUUUUGUGGUUCGAAUGCAGCCCGUUAGAAUAUAUAAACUCGUGUAGUUGGGCUGCAUCUACACAGUAACAUUAAAACAGUCUUUUACUCAGAUCUAAAGCCUUUACAUAGAGUAUUUCUACAGGUUGUCGCAAUGUUUGGAUCAAACAGGGUUAAACACUGGAUUUGCUUAGAGCAUCGGAAUGGUUUUGGUAAGUUAGGCCCUUUUUGUUGAGAUUUUAAAGGCAGGUAGUUGUGUGUAUUCUCUUCAAGUACUGUUUGUUGUGUAAAAUGUUCUGCAUAUCACUGGAUGAAUGAGGAAUAAAGUCUAUGUGACCUUGGCUUUGCCUCCUGCUGUAUGGUCUAAUGCUUAGACAGUGUGAGCCUCAUGUCGCCCUCUGGUGGCUGUGUCAAAACAUUGCCGAUGGAGAUGUGAUUUAAAUAUUAAAUUUACAUGACAAA